AUUGACUUUGGGCCGUAAAAUGAUUACGGGCUAAAAGCUAAAAAACACGUCGUGCGAGAGCUAGAGAGGGAGAGUGAGAGAGCAAGAGAGAGAGAGAGAGAGAGGGAACAAGGAGCAACAGCAACAGCAAGCGAAAACUUGAAAAAUCCCUGCAGAAAUAUAACAAAUUUUAAAUAAGAAAAAUUCCAAAAAACCUAUAUAACAAUAACAGGACUACAAGGAAAUCUGCUGGGGCAUUUUAAUAAACAAUUCAUCACCUUGUGUGCGUGUGUGUGUGUGUGUGCCAUAACUCCUAUACAAUUCAAGCAUACAGGAAAAAUCGGAACGGAAAACCAGAAACAGGAAAAACCAAGUGAAAAUUGAGGAGGAGCGGGUGGAAAACGCUGGGAAAAUGGCAUUAAAAAAGGCUAAAUGACCCCUACAAGCUGAAUAAAAAUUCUAUUAGCCAUCGAAUUGAUUCACGCACACACACACACGCACACACAGGAGAGGAGGACAGGGAGAACACCACCACCCCCUUUUUAAGACAGGAGCAGCAGCAGAACCACCCCCAACCCCCGUCUCGCCAAGCAGCCGGCACCCACGCCCCUGCACACUGCGUUUAAAAAUAGAAAGAGCUCUGGCAAUCAAAUAUCCCUGGAGCGCGGUUCGAGAAAAUGGUAACGAUGAACUCGGAGGCGGACAAAACACAAGCCACCAAUGCCAGCAGCACCGCGGCGCCGGCGAAGACGGACUGCAGCAGCAGCAACAGCAGCGAUCCGCUGGCGGUGGCCAUUCCGCCCGAGGAGGAGCCCCGCUCCGCAGGAGGUGGUGGUGGUGCCAGCACGGCCACCCCCUCGCCAACGCCCCUGCCUAAUGGCAGUGAUAAUGGCAGUGCAUUCCCGGAAACCGAGGGCUCAUCCUCAUCCUCAUCGGCCUUGGCCACGGAUUCAUCGGCAGCAGUGGCGGUUGCUGCCCCGCCGGCAACCACUGCAUCUGCAGCCACCACAUCCACAUCCACCACAGGCACAAGCACAAGCCUGGGAGCCAAGACCGCCGCCGUGGCCGCCACCACCACGUCCUCCUCCACGGCCACCUCCUCGUCGACGGCGGCGGCGGCGGGCAGCAAGCAGAGCGGCAGCAGCGGCAGCGGUCUGCUGACCGUCAGCGGGAACCAUCACCACCAUCACCACGCCCACUCGCAGCAGCAGGCGGCGGGACAGUCGGCCGCCCAACCGCCCCCGCCGCCCACCACCUCCGCCCUCGCGGUCCCUGCGUCGUCCCACCAUCAGCGCGUCGGCAAGAACGAGGAUGCCCCCAAUAUACUGGUGUACAAAAAGAUGGAGGCAAUUAUCGAGAAGAUGCAGGCGGAGUCGACGGGCGUGGCCGUGCGCACGGUAAAGGCGUUCAUGAGCAAGGUGCCGUCGGUGUUCACCGGAGCAGACCUGGUGGCCUGGAUCCUGAAGAACUUCGAUGUGGAGGACGUCACGGAGGCCCUGCACUUCGCCCACCUGCUCAGCUCGCAUGGCUACAUUUUCCCCAUCGACGAUCAUGCGCUGACCGUCAAAAACGACGGCACCUUCUACAGAUUCCAGACACCCUACUUUUGGCCCUCGAAUUGCUGGGAGCCCGAGAAUACGGACUACGCCGUCUACCUUUGCAAGCGCACCAUGCAGAACAAGACGCGACUCGAGUUGGCCGACUACGAAGCCGAGAAUCUGGCCAAGCUGCAGAAAAUGUUCUCCAGGAAGUGGGAGUUUAUAUUUAUGCAGGCUGAGUCGCAGAGCAAGGUGGCCAAGAAGCGGGACAAGCUGGAGCGGAAGGUGCUGGACUCGCAGGAGCGGGCCUUCUGGGAUGUCCACCGGCCGAUGCCCGGCUGCGUCAACACCACCGAAAUUGAUAUUAAGAAGGCCUACCGAAGGGGCGGUUCCAGCCACGGAACCGGGUCCGCCGGCGCCUCCUUGGCCAAGAAUCCCGUCGAGCAGCUGACGCGGAUCAUUGCCCUGCGCAAACAGAAGCUCGAGCGGCGGACAAUCAAGGUGUCAAAGGCGGCCGAGGCUCUGGUUGCCUACUACGAUCAGUACAAUGAGUUCGAUUACUUUAUAACCUCGCCGGAGCUGCCGAAUCCUUGGCAAACGGACAGCACCGAGAUGUGGGACACGGAGAAAAAUAGCAAAGAAGUUCCUGUACGCCGCGUGAAGCGCUGGGCGUUCAGUUUGCGCGAGUUGCUCAACGAUGGCAUCGGUCGGGAGCAGUUCACCAAGUUUUUGGAGAAGGAGUACAGCGGCGAGAACCUCAAAUUCUGGGAAUCGGUGCAGGAGAUGAAGGCGCUGCCGCAGUCGGAGAUCAAGGAGGCCAUCCAGAAGAUCUGGCAGGAGUUCCUGGCCCCCGACGCCCCCUGCCCGGUGAACGUGGACUCCAAGUCGGUGGAGCUGGCCCGCGAGGCUGUCAACUCACCGAGCGGUCCGAAUCGAUGGUGCUUCGAUGUGGCCGCCUCGCACGUUUACCACCUGAUGAAGAGCGACUCGUAUUCCCGGUAUCUGCGAUCCGACAUGUACAAGGAUUACCUGAACUGCUCACGCAAGAAGAUCAAGUCCAUACCAAAUCUGUUUGGGGUGAAACGUUGAGAUACGCUGCGGGGAUUCCCCGUCAUCGCAGUCGGCUAGGAUCCGUAUCCUUUAAUCCUCGGGCAGGGGAAUUACCAUUUGCACUAGGUACUCACUCGGUACUCAUAUGUAUGCCUAGUUCGUAUGUACUUAAGCGUUGUUACUCAUUUAAUUGUCUGCCACUGUGUCGCGUGUUCUCUCGAUUUUGAAGGUUUUUAUUGCCAUUUUUGUAUUUGAUUGUUCGUUGAUCGAUUAUGCGUUACCUCAAAGUGCCCCCUAAAAUCACCCACGGUAUACAACUCACUCUCUAGCCGUCUCCCUCUUAAUCAGAUAAAAAGCACAAACACCACUUAAGAUGAAAAUAAGAAACUGCCAAAGGCCUAAAUAAGAAUACAAAAAUCGAAAACUGAUGGUUUUACAUACAGUCUACGGAUAUUUAAAAACAUUUACUUGUUGUCGUCUAAAAGUAGGAUUGCUUUUACGUUUUCCAUGCAAUAGAUUUUAUUUAUGUUGUGAAGUAGGGAACUAAUUCCCCCACCGAAAAAAACAUUAUGAAUGACACUAAAAUGACUACGAUUUUGAAAUCACCCUUAAAGGUGUCUAAAAGUAUGCAGUGAAAAAAGUAUGUCAUCCUUAAAAAGGAAGACAUGAAUAAUGCCACAUCGAAAUACAUAGUUUUAUACUUUUGGACUCCAUUAUGAGUGAUUUUAAAAUGCCAGUAGCUUCCGCGGCAAUCCUUUUUAUUAUUUCUCCCAAAUAUAUAAUUCCAAAUUCGCAAUAUUCAAGUGAUAACCUACUUUGAUAAUUGAUUUAAGAUCUAGCCAUUUUUUUGUAAAGCCUUAUUUUUUUUAUUAACCGUGAAAACGUGAAAGGUUGAGACGAAAGACAACACCAACAACCGCAGAGACCUUAUUCUCAUAUACAAAAUAUACAAGAAAAUACGCAUUACGAUCAUAAUUGAAGACACCAAGAAAAUAUGAAGAAAAACCAAAAGGAAUACCACUAGUAAAUGUCAAACUGUAACCGAAAAACACCAAAACUAAGCAAAUGCAGAAAAUCCCCAAUCUUAAGAGGUACAUACAUUAUAUUCAAAAUAAGAGAAUAAGCUUAACGAAUAGGAUGCCAAGGCGGAAAUCGUACGUAAAUUAUAAACACUAAAGGCCAAAAAAUGCCAGGCAUCUUUUGUCAGCGAUUGAUGACAAUUCAGCUCUUCAGCCGGUAAUAUUUUAAACAGCUUUCGACGCGAUCCCCUCCCCUUAUAAAAAACCCAUCUGAAAAAUGCGGAAAAAUCAAAUCGUUGGAUUGAGUUCCUUUAUCACCGUGACUAGGUGUCUCCCGUCUCUUUUCAACACUACCUUUCUCUCUCUCACACACACACACACACCUGCACACCCCGCGCACACACACACUCACAUAUCGUUAAGGAGCCAGAUAAUUAAAAAA